AUGUUUUCAAAAGAUCCCCUUACUCAAGCAUGCAAAGAAGGAAAUCUCGAACGUAUUAAAUCUCUUAUAGAGAAUGGUGAUUAUAAACAAGUAGAAUCUUUAGAUCAGCCACUCAUUUGGGCAUCAAGAAAAGGUCAUCUUGAAGUUGUUAAUUAUCUUAUCUCUAUUGGAGCUGAUAAAGAAGCAAAGGAUAAUUCUGGAGAUACUCCACUCAUUUGGGCAUCAGAAAAUGGUUAUCUUGAAGUUGUUGAAUAUCUUAUCUCUAUUGGAGCUGAUAAAGAAGCAAAGAAUAAUUCUGGAUCUACUCCACUCUUUUGUGCAUCAAGAAAAGGUCAUCUUGAAGUUGUUAAAUAUCUUAUCUCUGUUGGAGCUGAUAAAGAAGCAAAGAAUAAUGGUGGAUGGACUCCACUCAUUUGGGCAUCAGAAAAUGGUCAUCUUGAAGUUGCUAAUUAUCUUAUCUCUAUUGGAGCUGAUAAAGAAGCAAAGGAUAAUUCUGGAGAUACUCCACUCAUUUGGGCAUCAGAAAAUGGUUAUCUUGAAGUUGUUAAAUAUCUUAUCUCUGUUGGAGCUGAUAAAGAAGCAAAGGAUAAUUAUGGAUCUACUCCACUCUUUUGUGCAUCAGAAAAUGGUCAUCUUGAAGUUGUUAAAUAUCUUAUCUCUGUUGGAGCUGAUAAAGAAGCAAAGGAUAAUUAUGGAUCUACUCCACUCUUUUGUGCAUCAUAUAAAGUCAUCUUGAAGUUGUUAAAUAUCUUAUCUCUGUUGGAGCUGAUAAAGAUGCAAAGGAUAAUGGUGGAGGGACUCCACUCAUUGAAGCAUCAACAUGUGGUCGUCUUGCAGUUGUUAAAUAUCUUAUCUCUGUUGGAGCUGAUAAAGAAACAAAGGAUAAUGAUGGAAAGACUGCUCUUGAUUUCGCAAGAGGUUCUGUUAAAAAAUAUUUAUUGA